UGAUAAAGCAUUAAGAGAGAAUCAUGCUUCGUUUCGUUGCUCGCGGCAGAUUUGUCAUCUGCGAGAAUCUCGAGAAAUGUCUACACGCGUUGGGAGGCGUACGCGACACCUGCAACGUCGCCACAGUGUCGAGGGUCAAGGAGAAACUUAGCGGUGGUUCGACGUUGCAUUCGAAUUGUUUGAUCGAUUCCACGACACCUCGUACAGCCGCCGAAACGACUCACCGGGAACAUCGUCGGCUGUCAUCAACGUCGGCCGUCAGUGAAAUUCGCAAGACCUGUCUUUACGAUCUUCACGUGGAAAAGCAAGGCAAAAUCGUCAAUUUUGCCGGAUGGCUAUUGCCGGUUCAAUAUCGAGAGGCGAUCGCAGUGUCUCAUCUGCACACCAGAUCGUUCGCAUCGCUCUUCGACGUCGGUCACAUGCUACAGACGCGCGUCUCCGGGAAGGACGCCGGGGAAUAUUUGGAAUCGUUGACCACGUGUGACCUCAAGAAUUUAAGCAACGGUGCCGCGACUUUGACAGUCUUCACCAACGAUAAGGGUGGAAUUUUAGACGAUCUCAUUAUCACCAGAGACGACGAAGACAGAUACUUCGUGGUAUCUAACGCGGGAAGACGGGAUGAAGAUUGUCAACUUCUUUUGGAGCGUCUGGGUGAUUUCAAAACGAUUGGUAAGCACGUGUACGUCGACUUCUUGGAUCCCCGAGAGCAAGGUUUGAUAGCUCUUCAAGGUCCUACCGCGGCGACGGUCCUUCAAUCAUUGGUAAAGAUCGAUCUUCGAAACUUAAAGUUUAUGAACAGUGUCAAAACCGAAGUAUCAGGCAGCCGUAUCAGAAUUUCACGAUGUGGAUACACCGGAGAGGACGGCUUUGAGAUCUCGGUACCUGGGAAUGACGCGAUUAACCUAGUCGAAAGGAUCUUGGAGAUUCCUGACGUGAAGCUAGCCGGUUUAGGCGCCAGAGAUAGCUUAAGACUGGAGGCUGGACUUUGUCUAUACGGUCACGAUAUCAACGAAAACACUACACCAAUCGAAGCUGCGCUUACGUGGCUAGUCGCAAAACGACGAAGGGCCGAGGCGAAUUUUCCAGGCGCGCAACGGAUACUUUCGCAAAUAAAGACGGGCACGACGAAGAAACGCGUCGGGCUCUUACUAGGUCAAGGACCACCUGCCAGGGAAGGCGCGCCCAUAUUGACGCCGGAAGGUGAACGUGUGGGCAGCGUCACUUCCGGUGGACCAAGUCCGACUUUGGGCCGGCCGAUCGCCAUGGGAUACAUGCCGCCGGAUUUGGCGCAAUUCGGUGGCGGGGUAUUGGUCGAGGUUCGGGGGAAGACAUACAAGGGUACCGUGACGAGAAUGCCCUUUGUGAAAGCGAAGUAUUACACCGCGAAAUGAUGCUGAUUUCACGACGGAAAUUGAUCGAUUUCCGGCAAUGUUGCAGCGAAAUAAAUUUAUUGACAAUGACGAAUCGUUUAUACAUUCGUGAAGCAUGGCAUAUGAACAAUUAGUUAGUUAAUUCGUUUUGUUAACGCGAAUAAAUUGCGACGAGUCGCAAUUGAUAUUUUAAUUGAUAGAUAAAAAUUUCUAAGAACUUCACUGGCAUUAGGUGACUUCUAAAUUAAUAUCAGAUAAUUGGACUUGUUCACAAAUUAAUUGUUAAAUAUUAUACUAUUUAAAUAAUAUAAUAGGAACCUUGCAAGACAGAUUACAAGAUUGAUCAUUAUUUAUAGAGAUAUGCAUUUUUGUGACAAUAAU